AUCGAGUCAAUGGGUCGUGAACAAUACAUGUGUGCUGUGCGCGCGUGCGUGUCAGCUGACGGCUGCAGAGGGAGCGGCGGCGACAUCUUGGAUUCAUGAGUGAACGGUGACCGCAGCCUAAAACACCGAAUACGCGGAAUAACACAGAGCUUCGGUCAGAAGCGGACACAGCAGCCUCUGCUGAGCCGGUCCGGAGGGACACAGAGACUGACACACAGAGUUUUCCAGCAUGGCCCGUGAACACUGAGUGAGACCACCACCAUGAUCGGAGGACUCUUCAUCUACAACCACAAGGGCGAGGUGCUGAUCUCCCGUGUCUACCGUGAUGACAUCGGGAGGAAUGCGGUGGAUGCGUUCCGCGUGAACGUGAUCCACGCUCGCCAGCAGGUACGCUCACCCGUCAACAACAUCGCCCGCACCAGCUUCUUCCACGUCAAGCGCUCCAACAUCUGGCUGGCUGCCGUUACCAAGCAGAAUGUCAACGCAGCCAUGGUGUUUGAGUUCCUCUAUAAGAUGUGUGACGUCAUGACUGCCUAUUUCGGCAAGAUCAGCGAGGAGAACAUCAAGAACAACUUUGUGUUGAUCUACGAGCUUCUCGAUGAAAUCCUGGAUUUUGGGUACCCCCAGAACUCUGAGACCGGAGCAUUGAAGACCUUCAUUACUCAACAGGGUAUUAAGAGCCAGCAUCAUACGAAAGAGGAGCAGUCUCAGAUUACCAGUCAGGUCACCGGACAGAUCGGCUGGAGACGUGAGGGCAUCAAAUAUCGCCGCAACGAACUCUUCCUGGAUGUACUGGAAAGUGUGAACUUGCUGAUGUCACCGCAGGGUCAGGUGUUGAGUGCACAUGUCUCAGGGCGUGUGGUGAUGAAGAGCUACCUAAGCGGAAUGCCAGAGUGCAAGUUCGGCAUGAAUGACAAGAUUGUCAUCGACAAGCAGGGCAAAGGUGGCACGACUGAUGACUCAGGCAAAAGUGAGUUGGGGGGCAGUGGGAAACAGUCCAUUGCGAUCGAUGACUGCACGUUCCACCAGUGUGUCCGUCUCAGCAAGUUUGACUCGGAGCGCAGUAUUAGCUUCAUCCCUCCCGAUGGAGAGUAUGAGCUCAUGAGGUACCGUACCACUAAAGACAUCAUCCUCCCCUUCCGCGUUAUCCCAUUGGUCCGUGAGGUGGGCCGCACCAAGCUGGAGGUAAAGGUGGUGAUCAAGUCCAACUUCAAGCCCUCCCUGCUGGCACAGAAGAUAGAGGUUCACAUUCCUACUCCACUCAACACCAGUGGGGUUCAAGUUAUCUGUAUGAAGGGAAAAGCCAAGUACAAAGCCAGUGAGAACGCCAUUGUUUGGAAGUACGGCUUGAUUUUACUGUUCUUACCCUUCUACUAG